GCGGGCUUUUUAAGAGAUGUUUGUUUGUUUUUAUUUGCGGUUGCUGUAUACAAGCUAGUUGCUAAUUUUAUACAAACACAUUUUUGAUUUGCGGCGAAGUAAAUGUUAAGAUCGGUAUGAAAUUGUACGAUGAUGGAAGAAAGGUUUUAGUUGUCCUCGAUAAUAAAAAACCCUGUCUGUAAUGUUUAAUAAUCAGCCAUCUUGCUAGCGUCACUAAAAAUGAACAUGAUUAUGAUACAGGAUGAUUAACUGACUAUAUUUCGAUGUCGUAAAAAUCUGAAAAUCCUGAUUUAAGAAAAGGAUUUCCUAGUCUUGAACACAGUUGGCUUUUCUUAGCUACUGAAAAAGCAUUUAACUGACAGUUUGUGUGAUGAAUUGUUCCUCAAGGACAUUCUGCCUUGGACAGCAUCCCAUAACAAAGAAAAAUAGAUUGCAUGUGGAUCAAAAACCAGCAACUAGAAGGUCGAGCCGCCUCCAACAUCCUCAUCCCUCUGAACAUGGAAUACAGAAGAUGGGAAGCCAUGACAGCUCUUCUACUAUGCGAAAUGAGAAGAAACUGUUGAUGCCUGUUGAUUCAACUUCAAUGAAAGAUGCAGGGAAUAUAAAAGAGCCUUUGUUGACCAAAGAAACAUGUCGAAUGCCUGUGAAACCACCUGAUUUGCAAAAGCAAAGAGCUCACCUUUCAGAAAUCAAUGAAAAUGGUCAUCAUAAACUAAAUCAUGAAGGGCAAAGUAUAAAAAAUAUUAGGCCUUCAGAGCCAGGGCCACCAUCACCCUUACUGGAAAAUGGAAGAAAUAAAAUGCAUGCAAAAAAAGCAAAGGACUGGAAGGACCUGGCUCAACGGUUGCUGUUCAGUGAAACCAAGAACAGCAGUACAGGAAGACACAAGUGUGGUCACGAGUCAGAAUUUGAGCAAGAGACCGAAAACUGUUCCCCUAACGACAAAACCUCCGACAGCAGGCCGAAGUUAAAAUUCAGAAGCGUGACAUCAGCAACUGGCUCGACUGGAUCUAUGAACAAUUCGAAGGAUUAUAUACUGUUUAGUCCAACACACAUGGCUGCUGCCAAAAAAAGAUCCGGUUUCCAGCAGCAGAAGCCGAGGCAUGGGAACCUGUCCGUCUCUGUCCUCACUCCUCCACCUGGCCUGGACCUCAGCUCGCUGUGUAACUCGUCAGCAGAUGCAGGGCACAGCAUCCACAUGGCUGUUCCUGCUGAUCAGUCAGACAAGCUGCUGCUCUCCAGCUGGGGUCUGCCCAAACCUGUACUGGAGAAGUACCAGAGUAUGGGUGUGAAGCAGAUGUUUGAGUGGCAGGCUGAAUGCCUCACUCUGGGCAAAGUGUUGGAGGGACACAAUCUGGUGUACUCAGCCCCAACGAGUGCUGGGAAAACGCUGGUUUCGGAGUUAUUAAUCUUAAAACGAGUUUUGGAGACUAGACGCAAGGCCAUAUUCAUCCUGCCUUUUGUUUCUGUGGCCAGAGAGAAAAUGUUUUAUCUACAGAAUGUGUUUCAGGAGGCAGGGGUCCGAGUUGAAGGCUAUAUGGGAAGCACUUCGGCCCCGGGUGGUUUCUCUGCACUCGAUGUGGCUGUAUGUACAAUAGAGAAAGCCAAUGGGCUCAUCAACCGGCUCAUUGAAGAGGACAGGAUGGAUUUGCUUGGAAUUGUCGUGGUAGAUGAGCUGCACAUGCUGGGUGACUCUGGCCGUGGAUAUUUGUUGGAGCUCUUGCUGACUAAAAUCCAGUACAUUGCAAAGAAAACAGCAGAGAAGUGCGCUGAUAAAGGUUCCACUGAUGGCGUACAGAUUGUGGGAAUGAGUGCCACUUUGCCAAACUUAGACCUCCUUGCCCGCUGGCUAAGUGCUGAACUGUACCAUACAGAUUAUCGUCCUGUGCCACUGAUGGAGUGGGUCAAGAUUGGUGCUAACAUAUAUGAUGGCUCCAUGAAUCUUGUCAGACCUUUCACUCCUGCUCGCCCUGUUAAGGGUGAUGAUGACCACAUUGUGAGCCUUUGUUUUGAGACUGUGCAGGAUGGUCACUCUGCGCUGCUCUUCUGUCCGUCUAAGAACUGGUGUGAAAAGCUGGCGGACAGCAUUGCCAGGGAGUUUUACAGCCUUCAUCACCAGGAAAAGCAGUCAGAAUCUGGAGUGCGCUCUGUGUCUCUAAACCUUGAGGGUCUCCAGGAUGUUGUGGAACAGUUAACACAUACGCCUGCAGGCCUUGAUGAAAUCCUGAAGCGCACAGUACCCUGGGGCGUAGCCUUCCAUCAUGCAGGCUUGACGUUUGAAGAGCGGGACAUCCUGGAGAGUGCUUUUCGUCAAGGCUUCGUCAGGGUCCUGGUCGCCACUUCCACUUUGUCCUCUGGUGUAAAUCUGCCUGCACGCCGUGUGAUUAUCAGAACGCCAGUGUUUAACGGACAUCUACUGGACAUACUGUCCUACAAACAGAUGGUGGGACGAGCAGGACGUAAAGGAGUGGACACUGUUGGUGAGAGCGUCUUGGUGUGUAAGGAGUCUGAACGCAUGAAAGGAAUGAGUUUAAUCCAAGGCUCCCUAAAGCCCAUCAGCAGCUGCCUAGUGAAGCGUGAAGGAGAGGGAGUCACUACCAGUAUGCUCCGAGCCAUCCUGGAGAUCAUAGUGGGUGAAGUUGCCAGCACACCAGAAGAAGUGAGGAUGUAUGCGUCAUGCACACUCCUGGCAGCCAGCAUGGCGUCUGAACAACCUGAUCAGCCCGGAGCAGCUCAGAGCCAUGGGGCCAUUGAGGCCUGUAUGGAUUGGCUGAUGGAUAAUGAGUUUAUUCACAUCCAAAAGGAAGGAGAUGAGGAAAAAUACUGUCCUACUCAUCUGGGUUGUGCCACAAUGUCAUCAUCUCUGUCACCACCAGAAGCUCUGGGAAUUUUUGCUGACUUACAAAGAGCAAUGAAAGGCUUUGUUCUCGAAAAUGAUCUCCACAUUCUUUACCAGAUAACACCAGUAUAUGUCGACUGGACAACAAUAGACUGGUACCAGUUCUUCUGUCUGUGGGAGCAGCUACCUUCUGCAAUGAAAAGAGUUGCAGAGAUGGUGGGAAUUCAGGAAGGCUUUCUGGCACGUUCUGUCAGUGGCAAAUUAAUCGCCAAAACAGAAAAACAGCGCAGACAGCUGGCCAUUCACAAACGUUUUUUCACCACGCUUGUAUUGUUUGAUCUGGUCAACGAGGAACCUCUUGGAGUUGUAGCGAAGAAGUACAGCUGUAGCCGAGGACAGCUCCAGUCACUUCAGCAGUCAGCUUCUACCUAUGCAGGUAUGGUUACAGUCUUCUGUAAUCGUCUCGGAUGGCACAACCUUGAGCUCCUGCUGUCCCAGUUCCAAAGUCGUCUGAGCUUUGGAGUACAGCGAGAGCUGUGUGAUCUGGUGCGUAUUUCUUUGCUGAACGCCCAGAGAGCACGAACGCUCUACAGUGCUGGGUUGGUUACUGUGGCUGAGGUUGCGCGUGCAAAUAUUACUGAUGUGGAAAAAGCCUUGAGGAAAGCUGUUCCUUUCAAAAGUUCUCGGCAGGCAGUAGAUGAGAGCGAGGAAGAGGCUGAGGAACGCAGAAGCAUGCGCUGUAUUUGGGUCAGCGGGAAAAAGGCUUUGACUGAAAAUGAGGCUGCGCAGCAGAUCGUGUCAGAGGCUAGGCAGCUCCUCCAGCAGGACCUGGCCCUUCUUGGUGUGGAGUGGAACCCCAACUCUCUCUCACCAGAAGCGAGAACAAAUUCUUCUGAUGAAUCAACAGAUUCCAGUUUACAGUCUCCAUCUGAGGGUUCAUCCAACGAGAAGAAUGUUAGGACUGAGAAAUUGAAGAAGCUCGUAAAAGGACAUCAUAUACCAGCUGGUCCUCCAUCUGAUAACUCUCAAAGUCAUAUAAACCCAAAGAGUUCCACUGCAAAUGUAGAAAACCCUGUGGACACUGAACAGCAAUCUAGUGCUUUACACAAAGUAAAAGCAAAAGAUAAAGUAGAUCAGAAUGGCUGUGGGACUACAGAGGUGAUUUCUGCAUUUCUACGAAACUCCAGGUACAGUUCUGAUCGAAGUUGCAUCUCAUGCAAUAACAGUCCUCCUGCAAGUCCACGAUCUAAACGUAGACGGGUGAAAGAUGAUGAAACCAAGGUGGUUUCUGGAAAUAGAGUAACUGAAGAAGAAAAACCCUGUACAGAGUUCAGGCAAACCUUAACUGCUUCUUUGAAGAAUUAUCACUCUGAUAGCAGAAAAACACCCAAUAUUACUGAAUCUCAAAGCACAGCAGUACACCAAAACCGUAAGCCUCAGACAUCCUCUCCAUCAUCCAUUCCUUUUCAUCUUGGAAAGACACAAACUUUAACCAAUCGGCCCCACUUUCCAUCUUGUGAUGAGAAAACAUUCACAGAUGACGUGAAAAAUGAAUAUCAAGCUGUAACCGAGAUAAACAGGAUGUCUGUUUCUGAUAAGGGAGCUAAUAAGGGGAAGUAUGCUGAUCGUUACAAUAAAAAGUCAAAAGGAAAUUACCUUUUAAGACAACCUAAUCUUAGUAUUUCUGCUGACUUUUUGGCAAGUUCAGAUAUAAAGUGUAGCGUUGUAUCUGAAGUCAUACUAAUUUCAGGGGAAAAGUGUAGUUCUCCAGAUUUGUACACGGGGGAAUUAGAAGAAUUUGGUGACAGUUUUCAGCUCGAUACUCAGACUGAACGAAUGUUGCUUCAAGACGACAAAUUGCCUCAUAGUAUUGGCAAUUCAAACACUAGUCAUGAAUUCAGGACUACACACAAAUAUGCUGGGACUGACCAAAUCUCUCCUCCUAAAAAUGAAAAUCUAGUCCCAGAGAAGAGGCAUGAACAAAAAAAUAACAAAGAUUCAAACGAUGGAGCAUCGCUAGUUUCUGAUAAUAUUCCAAAUGAGUUGCCUUCAAUUCAAGCCAAACCAAAGUACAACAUUUCACUGACAGACAGUCAAAUGGAGAAGCUUCUCAAUUUCACGAACCAAACAACCGAAUCAUGUGAAAAGCACUUAAAUUCAAAACCCCAAGGCCAAACAGCCAAUUCAGACACUGUGACAAAAGCGAUACCUGAAGGUACUAUGGACAACAGUCCCAAUAGGAGCAGCAGUUUUCUCUUCGAUAGUCUGUAUGACAGCUCCAUCUUGGAGGCCAUGGAGGACGAGGCAGGAUUUGCCGAGGAGUCUGAAAGAGACAAAGCUGGAGAUGCAAAUACAAGUUUACAUGCUCCACCCAUCACUUUGAAUGCAGAGAACCAAGUGGAUGAUCAAGAAGCAGUACAAUGGGGCGAGUCUUCUUUUAACCUCUCAGAAUGGGGUGAUUCGUUACUUAUAGGAGAGCACUAUCUGGAGAAGCGGAACAGUGGUUUGAAGGUCUGUACUGGACCAAAAGAUACCUCGAGUGAAGCAGAAAAGCCCGGUUACACAGAUGACGUUGUGUCCGAGAUACAAGUGUCGCAAAGCAACGCACCUUGUUCAAGAAGUGCCACCAGGUCUUCAUUUCAUCUGAGCCCAGGAAUGCAAGACAUUUUUGAAAAGUGGUCUGACCAGUUUUCAACAGUCCAUGAACCUUCAGGGCAAGCGGAUGCAAAGGAACAGAAGGUGGUUUCUGCUGAAGUUCAGCCUGAGCAUGGAAAUCAAAAAGGCUCGUUGUCAGAUGAUUUGUGUAUAGUUAAAUUAAAUUCCGUGAACCAUGACCUUAUUCCUCCCACACCAGUAUGUGAGCCUGUUACGCCCCGGGUCAAAAUGACCACUUCAGCUGUUCAGUCACCUCUAAAUCACCAAACUUGCAUAGAGUCUAGACUAAAUUCAUCUCCAAAACAUGGCCCCGAGGGCAAUCAACAGCUUUGUGUGGAAGUGAAGGCCAUGUCACAGUUACAGACAUCCUUGGCUGAUGAGGGCUUUUCACUGCAGCUUUCACAGCAUACCUCUAUCUCUGCCUCCAACUUUAGCAGUCCCGAAUCCUUCUCUAUUAUUGAUGUAGCAAGUGAUAAAAGACUGUUUGAAACAUUUAUAAAUGAGUGGAAAACAAAGGAGAGAUUUUCUCUGGCUGUUGCCUGUGAGAGGAGAGAUGGCCCAGUGCAACCUGAAGCAGUUAUCGGGAGCAAAUUUAAAAAAGCAACGACCCCAAUGAGGACCAAAAGAAAAGACGGCUUUCCCGUAAAAGGACAUGAGAAUCUGUUUGUAACUGGCUUAUCUAUAUGCUGGGGAGGAAAGGAUGCAUAUUAUGUAUCACUACAAAAGGAAUUAACAGACACAGCAAAUAUAAGCGCAAGCUUAGCGCCACCUCCACUUGAUGAAAAUCUGCCAGUGGGAGAGAGGAUGAAGGGCAUUCAGGCCUGUGUGACAAGGUCCACUUCUGGUGCUGAGGGUGUGACUGUUGCUUAUGACUAUGUUCAGGUGUAUAAAACUCUAGUCCUGGCCUGUGGACUUUCAAUAACGGGGGUAUUUGAGGACCCCAAGGUUGCUUGUUGGCUUCUGGAUCCAGGCUCUGAGGAACGCACCCUUCACAACAUGGUGACAAACUUUACUCCACAGGAUCUGCCGUUGUUGGACGGAAUUAGCCCAGGACAGGGUGUGGAAAGUCUGGGAAUAUAUGGAAACCCAAGUCAUUCUGGUCGAUACAGAGCAGCCAUAGAGUCUGUUCUUAUCUUCAGAGUCAUGACACAACUCAAUGUGCUCAUGGAAAAAGAUGGCUUCUUAGAUGUAUUCCAGCGAGUAGAAAUGCCCACUCAGUACUGCUUGGCUCUCUUGGAGCUGAACGGUAUCGGCUUUAGCGUCGCCGAAUGUGAAGCUCAGAAAAAUGUGAUGCAGGCUAAACUCAGUGACCUGGAAAACAAGGCCUAUCAACUAGCUGGACACAGUUUCUCCUUGACCAGUCCAGAGGAUGUUGCUGAGGUCUUGUUCCUUGAACUGAAGCUACCACCAAAUGGUGAUUUAAAUUCUCUAAGGAAUAAAAAGACUCUGGGCUACACCAGGCGGGGAGGAGCAGGUGCUCGUGUAAAACUUUCCAAACAGUUUAGCACAACAAAGGAUGUGUUGGAAAAGCUCAAGCCCCUGCAUCAGUUACCAGUCAUCAUUCUAGAGUGGAGAAAGAUGACAAACGCCAUGACAAAAGUGGUAUUUCCCCUGCAAAGAGAAAAGUGCUGGCACCCUAGACUGGAAAUGGACCGAAUUUACUCAGUAUCUCAGUCCCACACAGCUACAGGAAGGGUGAGCUUUACUGAGCCCAAUAUCCAGAAUGUACCAAAAGACUUUGAAAUCCAAAUGCCAACUCUUAUUGGAGAAAGCCAAGCAUCACAAAAUAACACGGCCAUUAUCUCAACUAAGACAAGGGCUAAAAUAUCCCGGACACGCCAUCAGUUGGUGUCACUGAUCAAAGAUUCAGACAGAUCCCCAGAGAAGGGGAUGCCUUUUUCUGUUAGCAUGAGGCAUGCUUUUGUUCCUUUCUCAGGGGGAUUAAUUUUGGCUGCAGACUACUCCCAGUUGGAGCUGCGUGUUUUGGCUCACUUGUCCCAUGACAGACGGCUUCUUCAGGUUCUCAACAGUGGCGAAGAUGUUUUCAAAAGCAUUGCUGCAGAAUGGAAAAUGGUACAUCCCAAGACAGUUAAUGAUAGCCUAAGACAACAAGCUAAACAGAUUUGUUAUGGAAUAAUCUACGGCAUGGGAGCAAAGUCAUUAGGAGAGCAAAUGGGUAUCGAUGAAAACGAUGCUGCCUGUUACAUUGAAACGUUCAAGUCCAGAUACACAGGUAUACAAGCGUUUCUGCAUGAAACUGUGAAGAACUGUAGUAAAAAUGGAUUUGUGAAGACGUUACUUGGCAGGAAGCGGUUUCUGCCUGGAAUCAAGGCCGCAAACAUGUACAUUAAGUCUCAUGUAAGUUUCUUUAUUAGACCUCUUCAGAAUGAUGGGAAGAACAGCUUUUAUUUUUUGCUUUCCAAGUUAAUUUCUUCUAUACUUCAGGCAGAGCGACAGGCUGUGAAUACAACGGUCCAGGGCUCUGCAGCAGAUAUUGUCAAACUGGCUACUAUCAAUAUCCAACGCAGACUGGAGAUGGCUUUUCCUGAUGUGCUGUUGUCACAUCAGCAUUACCCCAGUGGGACAGACAAAGGACGGGGCAGGCUUCAGUCGAGACCUUCCCGUGGCGCCUUCUUUAUACUUCAGCUACAUGACGAGCUCCUCUAUGAGGUUGCGGAGGAAGAUGUUAUCCAGGUCGCACAAAUUGUGAAACGGGAAAUGGAAGCUGCUGUGAAAUUGUAUGUGAAGCUCAGGGUAAAGGUUAAAGUGGGUCCAAGCUGGGGUAACCUUCAAGAGUUGGAUAUAUAAAAAAAUUCUUUUUACGAAAUGUGCUGCUUAACCACAUGACUCAAUAUAAUUCUGUACUUACUGAAUGUGAAAUCUAUAAAACUCAACCAUCCUUAAUGAAUAUGAACUUAAGACUAAUCAUGGAUUGUAUGUGAUGGAGUAUUUUUAACCUGUAAAUAAAAACCAAAAGCCAAAA